AUGCAUCCAUUUUUUAAACCACGUGAGGCAGGAACAACAUCAAAAGACUCCAAAACACCUGAAACAUCUGACAAAGUUGGAAAGGGAAAGCAGAAGCACAUUCCAUGGGUCGAAAAAUAUCGUCCACGUUCGGUUGAUGACGUAGCUUAUCAGGAUGAGGUUGUUGCUGUCCUUAAGAAAUCUUUAGAAGGAUCAGAUCUUCCUAAUCUGUUGUUCUACGGACCACCAGGAACGGGGAAAACAUCCACCAUCCUGGCUGCUGCUCGAUCUCUUUUUGGGACAGAAAUGAUGAAAUUACGAGUUUUGGAACUGAAUGCAUCAGAUGAACGAGGAAUUAAUGUCAUCCGAGAGAAAGUGAAGAAAUUUGCUCAGACCACUGCCAGUGGAACAAAACCAGAUGGGAAGCCUUGUCCUCCAUUUAAGAUUAUUAUCCUGGAUGAGGCCGACUCUAUGACAGCACCAGCUCAGGCAGCACUGCGAAGAACAAUGGAGAAAGAAAGUAAAUCUACACGAUUCUGUCUGAUUUGUAAUUACGUUAGUCGGAUCAUUGAACCUAUAGCCUCCCGCUGUGCCAAGUUCCGAUUUAAACCCCUCGCGGAUCGUGUGCUCAGUGAGAGAUUGGCAGAGAUUUGUGACAAAGAAAACAUUGCUUGUGACAAAGAGGCUAUUCAAGCCCUGAUGGAUACUUCAGAGGGAGACAUGAGGAAAGCCAUUACCUACCUACAGAGUGCUGCUAGACUGAAAGGAGAUGAAGAAGUGACUCAAGGGGAUGUGUACGAAAUAGCAGGGGUGAUUAAAGAUGAUAAAAUUGAUCAGUUAAUCAAAGUUUGUCACUCCAACUCUUAUGAGAAACUAGAAAAGAUGGUUCAGGAGAUGAUAUAUGAAGGACAUUCAGCUGCCCAAAUAAUUACUCAACUUCACGACAAAAUUGUACAACGAGAGGACCUGAAUGAUCAACAGAAAUCAGUGACAUGCGAGAAACUCGCAAUUGUAGACAAGUGUCUGAUGGAUGGAGCUGAUGAGUAUCUUCAAUUGAUGGCCCUAUUUACCACUAUGAUGAGGGAGAUUUGUCGCUGACCAUGAAGGAACACUGUAAAUAGUUACAAAACUUUCAUCUCGUGAUAUGUGGACGGGGAAACGAAAAGUGAAUAGGAAUCUCAGUUUAUAUAUUGAUUCAUAUCUAACUAGAAAUCCUUGUCCCAAGACCUAUUGUGACAUACUGCUAGUUGUACAAGCUUGAUCAGUGAGAGACUUGGAACUGAUCAUUUUUAAAGUGGAAACUGAACUGAUUGUGUACUUUGAAAGUAAAAUUAUUAGGAUUAUUAAAAUAUAUUUAAAAUUUAAA